AUCCUUUAAAACAUUAAUUCAAUAUUACCCUCUACAAUAUGGUCGCCAUCGGAAAAAAGAAAAAAAGAUUUGUAUUGGCUAGUAAGGAAUGAUGGCUACUAUGGCGAUAAUUGAACUCGAGAGAAACAGUGGCAAGGUAGUAGAAGAAAUAGUGAAAUUGGAGAGAAAGAUAUUUCCGAAACACGAAUCACUCGCUUCCUUCUUUCACAACGAACUCAAAAAGAAGAACAGUGGAUUGCUUUAUCUUCACGUUGAUGGCGAACUUGCCGGCUAUGUCAUGUAUUCUUGGCCUUCUUCCUUGUACGCUUCCAUCACCAAGCUCGCAGUGAAGGAGCAAUGGAGGAAGCAAGGACAUGGAGAGGCUCUAUUGAAAGCAGCAAUUGAGAAAUGCAGGACAAGAAAAAUUUCGCGUAUAUUGCUUCAUGUAGAUCCAUUAAGGACCCCUGCACUGAAUCUGUACAAGAAGCAUGGUUUCCAAGUUGAUUGUUUGGUUGACGGUUACUACUCUUCUGAUAGAAAUGCUUAUAGAAUGUACUUGGACUUCGAUUCCAUUUGAAGUAGAAUUGAAAAGUAUUUUUAUAUAGGCAAAUGCUAAUCACUUCUUUAGUGUACUUGUUGUAUUGAUAAUUGUGUAUUAAAUGUCUUAAAGGAUCAAAUUUUGUUCUUUAUAAUACAAGUUAUCAAUUUAUUUUUAU